UUUUUGUCUAGUUGCUAGCAUGGAAAUACCAGGACUUGAAACAAUAGAUCAUUUUCCUAUUUUAACAGCCGUUACAGGAAUACUCGUUUCGCUCAUUAUUGAUGGUCUGCCUAAAAGAAAUAAAGAGAAACAUUUUAAUGUACAGAAUAACUUUGAUGAAUGUUUCAGUCAGAAGAAAGCAAUAAAUGCACUUUUGUCCGAACCGAGUUUUCAACCUUCUUCUCUGGACUUUUUACUGGGAUCCACUCAGGAGACACCCAACUUUAAGCCAUUUUCAUUACGAGAUUAUAAAGAAGUAAGUAAGGAAGAAAUUGAAAAAGUUGAAAAUUUAAUCCAGCUGCUGCAUGCAAAAUAUGAUAUAGCCCAACAGAAUCGUGGCCUAGAAGAAAUUGAUGAUGACUUGGUGUGUACUAUAUGUUAUGCAAAUCCUAAAUCUGCUCGAUUUCAUCCUUGCCAACACCAAUCUUGCAGGUCCUGUAUAUCCUUACAUCUAUUGAGUCAUAAAGAAUGUUUCUUCUGUAAAGCUACAAUUGAAUAUGUAAAACCUUUGCAUCCAGAAAAAAAGUGAUCAAUCAGAGACAAUGUACUUAGAAAUUAUGCCAAAUUAAUAUACAAAAAUGUUUAUUUAUGCAAUGUGAGGUGUAAAUAUCUACUACUUAUUCUGAAUAAAUGCAUUUCUUCCAA